AUGCUGGCCAAGCUGUGUGCCCGGUCUAUGUGGAAAAGGUGGCCGGCGGGGAGCCGGUUACUGAGCGGGGGAGAACCGAGGAGCCGGAUACAAAGCGAGGGAGAACCGACGAGCCUGAUACAGAGCGGGGGAGAACCGACCAGCCGGAUACAGAGCGAGGGAGAACCGACGAGCAGCCUCUAUGAACAUGUGAAGGCGGGAUACAGCGGGCGGCCUCAGCUGGAUAUGGAGAGACUGAGCCGGGAGCUGGAGGAGGCGGAGCGGGAAUUGAACGAGAGGAAAGCCAGGGGAGUCGAAAAGGGGACACUGAGGGAGCUGUUGAGCUUAUGGGAGCAACUGCAGAGGAAGAAGCAGGAUAUCCACAACCUAGAAGAGCAGAAAACGCAAUUAAGCCGCAAGAUCAAGAAUCUGUUGGUCACACAUGAUCAGGAGAGUGUGCAAUCGCUUCCCAGCUACCAGUCCAUUAUUAUUCGUGGAAAGGAAAUCCGCAAACAGCUUACUGCUUUCCAGAAGGAGGAGCUUGCUCUGGAGGAUUCCUUCUACAUCCAGGCACUAAAGCUGCCAAACAGAACCUACCCAGGCACGCCGGUGGGAGAUGAGAGCAAUGCUCGAGAACUAGAAGUACUUGGUGUGAAGCCUGAGUUUGAUUUUAAUGUUCGAGGCCACCUGCAGAUAGGAGACAAUCUGGAUAUCAUCAGACAGAGCCGCCUUUCACAUAUUUCGGGUCACCGAUGCUAUUAUCUCAGAGGAGCUGGCACGUUGUUAGAGCAUGCUCUUGUCAACUUUACAAUCAAUAAACUUGUGAAAAAGGGUUUUAUCCCGAUGUCUGUUCCUGAAAUGUUGAAAGGAGCUGUGUUUGAAGGCUGUGGUAUGCAGCCCAGUGCCCACAGCUCCCAAGUUUACACCCUGGACCCAUCCUCACACCCUGAUCUGCACCUGGCUGGCACCUCUGAAGUUGGCAUUGCAGGGUACUUUAUGGAUCAUGCAGUACAACUGGCAGAUCUUCCAGUGAGAACUGUCUGCUGCAGCACAUGCUACAGAGCAGAGACAGAAACAGGCCGAGAACCAUGGGGUCUCUACCGAGUUCACCAUUUUACCAAGGUAGAGAUGUUUGGGGUCACAGCUGCAGAAAGCGGGACCGAAAGUCAGGAUUUGUUUGAUGAAUUCCUGCUGCUGCAGAAAGAGAUAUUUUUGGAGCUUGGUUUACACUUUAAGGUUUUGGAGAUGCCGACUUAUGAGCUCGGGCUACCUGCUUAUAGGAAGUUUGACAUAGAGGCGUGGAUGCCAGGAAGAAAUAAAUAUAUGGAGAGUUCAAGUGCAUCAAACUGCACCGAUUACCAGAGCCGUCGGAUGAACAUCAUGUACCAGGGACCCAAUCGCGAGUUCCGCUAUGCACACACAAUUAAUGGUACAGCCUGCGCAGUUCCCCGACUCAUCAUUGCCCUUCUGGAGUCAAACCAGUUAAAGGUGAACUUCUCACUUGUGGAUUACACUCAUUACCUUUGA